AUGGGCCAGGAGCUCGCGGCGCGGGCGUGCCUGGAACCCGGUGACGAGAGCCUCGAGGUCGCGGCCCCGGACGGCGGCGGCGAGGCCGUCGCGUCCUGCGGCGGCGGCGACGACAACGAGGGCGGCGACGACGGCGGCGGCGACGACGACGACGAGGAGACGUUCACGCCCGCGCGGCUCGGCGCGCUCGCGCUGGCCAUCGUCGCCCUGGCCUUCGCGGCCUACUGCUACGCGUUCCUCGACGACCUGCCGCCCUGGCUCCAGCGGUGCAUCCUGGCCGGCGACGACGCGGGGCACCCCCUGUCGAAGCGCGUCGCCUACGAGCUCGACUGCUGGUUCAGCAGCAACCCCUACUCGAAGGUGCUCGCGCUGCUCUACGUGUCCAUCGCCCUCGUGCUCGUCGGCGGCGGGCUGCUCUACGGCGUGUCGGCGACGGGCUUCGGCGACGCGGUGUGGGAGACCUUGGCGGGCGUCGGCAUCGACUGGACCUUCGCGUCGGACGCGGAGAAGCCCUUCUCCUCCGCGUCGGGCCUCCUGACGCGCCUCGUGGCCAUCGCGUCGUCCCUGGGCGGCAUGUUCAUCACGGCCCUGCUCCUGGGCAUCGUCUCCGACGCCGUCGGCGACUACGUCGACGACCUCCGCAAGGGCAAGUCGGACGUGCUCGAGCACGGCCACACGCUCAUUUUAGGCUGGAACGACAAGGUCCUGGCCGUCGUCGAGCAGAUCUCGAACGCCAACGAGUCCGAGGGCGGCGGCGUCGUCGUCAUCCUCUGCGAGAAGGACAAAGAAGAACAAGAGGCGGAGAUCGACGACUUCGACUACGACGACGCGGGGACGACGGUCAUCUGCCGCCAGGGCAACCCGCUGCUCGUGGGCGACCUGCGCAAGGUCAACGCGGGCGGCGCGCGGUCGACGAUCGUCCUGGCCGACGAAGCGGGCACGCCGGACCAGGCGGACGCGCGGAGUUUGAGGAUCGUGCUGUCGCUCGUCGGGCUGCGCGAGGCCGCGAACGGCGGUUUGGGCGGCCACGUCGUCGUCGAGAUGCAGGACGUGGACAACGAGCCGCUGGUGCGCAUGGUCGGCGGCGAGUCCGUGGAGACCGUCGUCGCGCACGACGUCAUCGGGCGCCUCAUGAUCCAGUGCGCGCGGCAGCCGGGGCUCGCGGAGGUCUGGGGGUCCAUGCUCGGCUUCGAGGGCUGCGAAUUCUACGUCAAGGCGUGGCCCGAGCUCGUGGGCGCCACCUUCGACGAGUGCUGCGUGCGCUUCCCCGACGCCGUGCCGCUGGGCAUCUUCCGGAACGGCGACGUGUUACUGAACCCGGGCCGGUCCGCGACGGUCGAGGCCGGCGACGGCCUCGUCGUCCUCGCGGAGGACGACGACUCCUACGAGGCGGCGCCGGCGGCGGCGCUGCGGUCGAGCCUGAGCGCGCCGCCCGUGGACGGCGACCAGGCGCCGGAGUGCGUCCUGUUCUGCGGCUGGCGCCGCGACCUCGACGACAUCGUCCAGCUGCUCGACGACUUCGUCGUGCCGGGCAGCGAGCUCUACCUCUUCAACCAGGUGCCCGUGGACGAGCAGCGGGACCGGCUCCUCGAGGCGCGGGCCCAGCGGAAGCGGCCGCCGGAGCUGCGGAACCUGGCGGUGCACCACUCGUGCGGCAAUCUGUGCAGCCGCCGGGACCUGGAGCGGCUGCCCAUGGGCGAGUUCACGUCCUGCAUCAUCCUCGCGAACGAGACCGUCGAGGAGACGUCGACGGACCGCGACUCCCAGGCCCUGGCGACGCUGCUGCUCCUGCGGGACAUCCAGACGCAGCGGCUCAAGGACGCGCCGCGGCCGCCGAGCCCGUCGUCCGCGGCGCGCCACAACUCCUGCGUCUGGGCCGAGGAGAUCAAGGCGACCUGCAAGUGCGUCGUGCUCAGCGAAAUCCUCGACUCGCGGACGCAGCACCUCAUCUCGGACGCGGGCAUCUCCGACUACGUGCUCUCGAACGAGCUCGUCAGCAUGACGCUCGCGAUGGUCGCGGAGGACCGCACGGUGAACCUCAUCGUCAAGCACCUCUUCGAGGAGGAGGGGUCCGAGCUCUACAUCCGCAACAUCGCCGACUACGUCGAGCCGGGCGACGACCCGUCCUUCUUCGACGUCAUGGCCUUGGCGCGGCGCAAGGACCCGCCGGAGAUCGCCGUGGGCUACCGCGCCGCGGGCGAGGACCACGCCGUGCUCAACCCGCCGGACAAGCACGAGCCCCGCCAGUGGCACCCGGACGACCGCCUCGUCGUGCUCGCGGAGGACUGA